GUAUAGAGCGUCAUGGCUGAUCGAGCAGGCUCUAUGUGCUUAGUUAAUGGUUACUAAGAACUCAUUUGCCUGUUUUCAAUGCAUGUGAUCUAUAAGGCUGGGAUAGCAGGGCUGAUUUCAUUUUUGAGUUAAUUUUUCUUUUCGGAUCAGACCUGGGGAUUUUUAUUCAUAAAAAAAAGAAUCAUUUCACUGUGGGAAGGAAUCUAAUACCCAAAGGACAAUAAUUUUGGAUCGUUUUUCGUUCAUUAAAAGUAUAUACCCAGUCAGGUAAAGUUAGUUGAUUUGAGGCAAACCCUUAGAGCAGGGAUGAACAUUCAACGGACUUAGACAGUGAGACUUUUCGUUCAGAAUUCACAUACCAAAAUGGCUUGUGACAUAAGAACUUUUGGCGUCUGGCAAGGUUCCUUCUUUAUCCCAGUGCUAUUGAUUGUUUCGUUAUUUUGUGGGAUAUACUCACAGUCAACUAUUCCCGGUAAUCCGAAUAUUGUUGGUGACUUUGAGAAAAAUGAAGGGGAGACAGUGACCUUGAGUUGUAGUUCUGUUGGGGGGAAUCCCCUACCGUCUGUCCAAUGGUAUAAAAACACACAGCUGGUAGAUGCAGGAAGUAGUGCGAAUGGAAACGGGGACGGGGUGUAUUCAGUCGGAUCCACCACCGUAACUUACAACAACUACACAUUCACGGUGUCAAGGUCAGACAACUUGGUGUCUUACAUCUGCCGGGUACAGAACUCGGUACAAACCAACCCUCUCACUCGAUCCUGGACAAUCAGUGUUUAUGUUCCAUCUGAGCAGCCCCUUAUCACUGGUCCCCAGCCAGCCAUCACCACGGCACUUAAUGCAGGCAGUACGUACACAUAUGUAUGUACCGCAAGAAAUGGUAGGCCUGCCCCAAACAUCCUAUGGAAACUGGGAACUUCUUUGUCAAGCAGUGUGGAAUUUCACCAGGGAAUCACUGAAAAUACCACCACCAACUCAGACAGCACCCUGAGCAAGAGUAGUUCAUUAAGCUGGGUCCCCAUCACAGCCGACAAUGGAAAGAGUCUGUAUUGUCAGACUGGCCAAACCCAAGCAGGAGGGAGUGUAUUAACAAAGUCUUCUGCUGUAGCCAUUGUUGUCCAACAAAUCCCCAUUCUUCAGAUGGAAAGCAGCUCUUACACAGGUCAGGUGGGUGCCUCGGUCACUCUGGGGUGCACUGUGUCAGCCGCCACACCUAGUGUCACUGAAAUCUUCUGGAGAAAACUUAUCAAUGGGGUCUACACCAGGAUUACCAUUGAUAAUGUUCGAUUUUUCGGAUCCUCCACUAGCAACGCAAACUUAACCAUUACUAAUUUGGCUCUGAGUGAUGCAACUAGUUACCAAUGCUCUGCAGUCAAUGCCGCAGGAACCGGCUACAGUGGCGCCACCACUCUCUCUGUUACAGGAAGUGUGUCCAUUCGAGUCGUGAGACAGACCUCCACAUCCAUUAAUAUCAUUCUGGACUCCACUUACUAUGCAGUUCAGGUUGGACGAUCUGUUACACUGCAGUGCACAGUGAUAGCUAUACCUUUCCAGACCUCUGUCUCAUGGCAGGUGACUAAAAAUAACCAGAUCGUGCCCAUAGAUGUUCAGGGGAAUCCACAAAAAUAUGGGGGUUCCAACGUGACCUUUCCAUCACUAAUCAUAAAAGCUGCAGAAAUUUCUGACAGUGGCAUAUACACUUGCUCGGCUGCGAACUUGGGUUCUAGCAAAACCAGUGAACAGAUAGCUCUGGAUAUAACCGGGAGCCCCCCACUAGUACAGAUCGACCAAGACAAGUACCCCAGCACCAGUGGCAAUACUGUCACUCUGGUGUGCGAUGUGUACUCCAGCCUCAGUGUUACGAACGUUUACUGGGAGAGAACCGUAGGGGGGCAGUUCACAGCCAUAGACGUGACUGCAAACCCUAAUAAAUAUGGCGGAGUGACCAUAACGUCCCCUUCCCUAGUGGUGAGAAGUGUGACCACCAGUGACGCGGGAGAAUAUCGCUGCGUGGCAGUGAAUAUUGCAGGAACUGGGAAGGACAAUACAAUCCUAGAAGUACAAGGAAAUUUACCUCGUGUAACCAUUGAAAAAGAGUCUUACUCCGUCAAUGAGGGAAAUGCGGUGACCUUGGCCUGCACUGUUCUGUCAUCAACAUCUUUAACGGUUACUGCUGUGUCUUGGCAGACCAUAGAGAAUGGUGUGAGCACCACACUGAAUGUUAAUGAUCCAAGUAAAUAUGCUGGGGCCUCAGUGACUAGUCCAUCUCUAACCAUCUUUAAUGCCAACUCUGCAGACAAUGGUCAAUACAGAUGCACCGCUACCAACACAGUUGGAACUGGAGAAAGUGCCAUCACUACCUUGAAGGUUAUCGCUAAACCUGUGUUCAGAAUUAGUCAGAAUUCUUACACGGUUAACUAUGGUACCAAUGUUACUCUUCAAGUCACCAUAUCUUCACCAGAUGCUGCGAUUCUAGCCAUUAACUGGCAGCAUACAACGAAGGCAGGCAUUACUAACUACAUCCUGACUGAUGGUGUUAGAUAUCAGGGUGCUGCUGUAGGACUCCCCAGCCUGAGGAUCACGUCUGUGAUAUUCUCUGAUGAAGGAACAUACCGCUGUCUUGUCACCAGUGCUGCAGGAUCUACCACAAGUGACCCAAUUUCCCUGACUGUGAUUGGAACGGUUCCUUCGGUGGUGAUCGGAUCCGGUUCAGCAGUUGUGUAUGGAGGAAACAUCACCAUUGCUUGUUCCAUCUCCUCCAAUCCCAGUGCACAAUCUGUUUCCUGGCAGAAAACUGUGAAUGGAGCAACAACAACACUGAACAUUAAUGGAAAUCAACGCUAUCAGGGAGGCACACUUUCGAACCCCUCCCUGACCAUCUACAAUGUGAACCUGGCAGACAAGGGCGAAUACCGAUGUGUGGCCACUAAUAUUGUGGGGAGUGGUCAGAGUGGACCAGCCAUAGUGGAUGUGACAGGAAAUGUUCCAGCCGUUACAAUAGGUUCCGGAGCAACGGUUUAUGUGGGUGAUAAUGUCACAGUAACCUGUUUUGUGUCGGGAACCCCUGCCGUUACCUCAGUUUCCUGGGAGUACACCACAAAUUCUGCCACCAGUGUUGUAAAUGUGAAUGAUCUCACUAAGUACUCAGGAGGUACUGUAGGAGCUCCUAGUCUUACCAUCUAUAAAGUCAGCAAGGUAGACGAGGGUAGCUAUCGAUGUCGAGCAACAAAUCCAAUAGGAACAGGGCAAAGCGUUACCACAGCAUUUCUAAGUGUGAUUGGAGGUGUCCCAGUGACCCUGAUUGGACCUGAUGUUAGUGUUACCGUUGGCGAUCAAGUAACAGUCGCGUGUUCGGUAUCUGGGUACCCCCUCAGCACAGCCAUUUCCUGGCUGAAAAUUGCCAAUGGAAUCCGAACCAACAUUGAUGUGUCACAAGCUCGGUUCAGCGGGGGAACCGUAUCCAACCCAUCCCUCACAAUUAAUCCAGCAGAAAGCUCAGAUGAGGGUGACUACCAGUGUAGUGCCACCAACAUCCUGGGAACCAGUCAAAGUGGAACUGCAUAUUUAGAUGUAUUGGGCAGUAUACCCUCCGUAGAAAUCCAGAGUUCUUCCUAUACGGUUGCAUAUGGUUCCCAGAUUCGUCUACAGUGUGUGGUCAAUUCUAUCCCUCCUGCCACCAGUGUUGACUGGCUCAAAACCUACCAAGGCGUGACCUCAACCAUUAACCUCAGCCAGUUUAAGUACAGUGGGGGCACAAUUAAUGACCCCUCAUUGAGAAUUUUUAAUGCUGAGUUGUCAGAUGAGGCUACAUAUGUGUGUACUGCUACUAACAUCGUAGGGACUGCUGCCAGUCAGGAGAUGACCUUGAGUGUUGUUGUGUCACUGCCAACAGUCCAAGUCGGAUCAUCCACAUAUUCCGGUGUCAGUGGGGGGUCUGUCACGCUUGUGUGUUCUAUCAUCAGUUCCAACCCAACAGCGACUUCUGUCUUCUGGGAAAAGGAUAUCAAUGGAAAUCCUACCGAUGUUCGGUCUUUUAUGAGUUCACGGAUCUCGGGGGGGACUGUCAGUCAGCCCUCCCUUUCGAUUACAUCACUGACAGGAAGUGACACGGGAAGAUACUACUGCUCAGCAGGAAACAGUGUGGGCAAUGGAUCUAGAUCUGCCACAGAAUUGACUGUACAAAAUCGUCCUAGCAUCACCUUGCCUCAGUCCACAUAUAGCAUCAGUUUUGGACAGGAUGUCUUGUUGAGAUGCAUUGUGACUUCUGACACUACCUUGACCUCUGUUGUAUGGAGGAAGUACACAAAUAGUGUGCCCUCUGACCUAGUAGUCACUGGGUCGUCCCAUUACAGUGGGGGCACAACGGUGACACCUAGUCUUACUGUAAGGGCCGUUACGUUUUCUGAUUCUGGAAACUAUGAUUGUUCAGCAACCAAUGCUGCAGGAACAAGUCUGAGUGGUCAGAUAACUUUGACUGUCAGUGGAACUGUUCCUAAUGUAAACAUACCACAGAGCAGCUAUAGUGUGUCCUAUGGGGGCAGCGUAACUCUUCGGUGUGACGUAACCGCCAAUCCGUUCCAAAACCGCAUUGAGUGGCAACGAAUUGCCAACGGAGUAUCUACCACAAUCAAUGUCACUGCUGAGCAGCGGUACAGUGGCAGUACCAUCAACACGCCGUCUUUGACCAUUACAGGCGCUAUUAGUAGUGACGGUGGGGUAUAUGUGUGCUCCGCCACCAAUAAUGCGGGGAAGGGAGUGAGUGGGCAGACGUUGCUUACUGUUGUAGGAAAUAGGCCAAGCGUCUCUGUUAGUCAAACAUCCUACUCCAUUUUCGUUGGGUCCAGUGUGACUAUGGACUGUAGCGUAUCAGGAAACCCUGCCAUCAACAAUGUGUUUUGGAGCGUGACCAGGAAUGGCUUUACCAAUACUGUGUCAACGACAGGAGGCAGUCGCUAUAGCAACGGUGAUAUCAACAAUCCAUCUUUGACUUUGUCCAAUGCCCAGCAAUCUGACACUGGUGUUUUUACCUGUAAGGCACAGAAUGCAGCUGGAACCACCGAUAGCAACCCUAUCACACUUACAGUGACCGGAACUGUUCCCACGGUUACUGUAACACAAAGCAGUUACAGCGUCUUCACAAACAAUGACAUCACUAUGACAUGUUCAGUGUCAGCCAACCCAGCUGCUACAAUCACCUGGGUCUUCUCACCAAGUUCAGGAGGUCAAACAACAAUUUCUUCAUCCUCCACGAAGUAUACAUUUGCCUCCUCCUCUACCUUCUCCUCACUGACAGUGAAGACUGCUAACAGCAAUGACCAAGGAAGCUAUGCCUGUACCGCCUCCAAUGCAGUGGGAACCAAUCAAGCUACAGCUACACUGUCUGUCACAGGAAAUUUGCCCUUCGUAAACAUGCAGUCUACAUACAGUGUCGUAACAGGAAGUGACAUCAUUAUGACAUGUUCAGUGACAGCAAGUCCAGCUGUCAACUCCAUUACAUGGCAAUUCCAGUCAGCUUCAGGUGGUUCUUUUGUUUCCAUCUCAUCUUCCUCAAAAUAUAGCAUCAGCGGUUCAUCUGGGACCUCCUCUUCUCUGACCGUGAGGAGCUCCGCAGGAACAGACAAUGGUCGGUAUAGGUGCCAAGCCACUAACCAGGUGGGAACCCGCACUGCCACAACAACACUGUCUGUAUCAGGAAGUUUACCCACAGUAAAUAUCCCCCAAAAUUCAUAUAGCUCUGUAACGGGGCAGGAUGCCACCAUUCCUUGCUCUGUAUCUGCUAGUCCUACUGCAUCAAUCUCCUGGACCUUUAUCUCGACCUCGCAGUCUCAGACACAGAUCAGUGUCUCUACAUCCAAGUACACGUUUAACCCAUCCUCUACGGACGGUACUCUGAUUGUACGAUCCACCACCAGCAGUGACACAGGCACAUAUCGUUGCCAGGCAACCAAUACUGUUGGAACCUCAUCAGAUUCAGCUACUCUCUCUGUUACUGGAAGCCCACCAUCAGUCAGUUUUGGAUCUUCCACCUACAGUGCAGUCACAGGAAAUAACGUACAGCUAUCAUGUUUUGUGAGUGCUACCCCUUCAGCCAGUGGCAUCACCUGGACAUUUCAAUCAGCUUCGGGGGGCGGAACUCUUACCAUCACCUCCUCGACCUCGGGGUACAACGUUUUCACCUCCUCAACUUUAACACAAUCCACUCUAACAGUUCUAACUGCUCAGAGCAAUGAUGCAGGAACUUACACAUGUACAGCUACCAAUUUAGUGGGAACCAGAUCAGCAAGUGCCUCACUGUCAGUCACUGGAAGUCUCCCAGCGGUAUCCAUUACUCAGAAUGCGUACAGUGUAGUGACCGGGCAGGAUGCCACCAUUCCUUGCUCUGUAUCUGCUAGUCCUGCUGCAUCAAUCUCCUGGACCUUUAUCUCGACCUCGCAGUCACAGACACAGAUUAGUGUCUCUACAUCCAAGUACACAUUUAACCCAUCCUCUACGGACGGUACUCUGAUUGUACGAUCCACCACCAGCAGUGACACAGGCACAUAUCGUUGCCAGGCAACCAAUACUGUUGGAACCUCAUCAGAUUCAGCUACUCUCUCUGUUACUGGAAGCCCACCAUCAGUCAGUUUUGGAUCUUCCACCUACAGUGCAGUCACAGGAAAUAACGUACAGCUAUCAUGUUUUGUGAGUGCUACCCCUUCAGCCAGUGGCAUCACCUGGACAUUUCAAUCAGCUUCGGGGGGCGGAACUCUUACCAUCACCUCCUCGACCUCGGGGUACAACGUUUUCACCUCCUCAACUUUAACACAAUCCACUCUAACAGUUCUAACUGCUCAGAGCAAUGAUGCAGGAACUUACACAUGUACAGCUACCAAUUUAGUGGGAACCAGAUCAGCAAGUGCCUCACUGUCAGUCACUGGAAGUCUCCCAUCGGUAUCCAUUACUCAGAAUGCGUACAGUGUAGUGACCGGGCAGGAUGUCACCAUUCCUUGCUCUGUAUCUGCUAGUCCUGCUGCAUCAAUCUCCUGGACCUUUAUCUCGACCUCGCAGUCUCAGACACAGAUCAGUGUCUCUACAUCCAAGUACACAUUUAACCCAUCCUCUACGGACGGUACUCUGAUUGUACGAUCCACCACCAGCAGUGACACAGGCACAUAUCGUUGCCAGGCAACCAAUACUGUCGGAACCUCAUCAGAUUCAGCCACACUUAGUGUUACCGGAAGUCUUCCAGCGGUAUCCAUUACUCAGAAUGCAUACAGUGUGGUGACCGGGCAGGAUGUCACCAUUCCUUGCUCUGUAUCUGCUAGUCCUACUGCAUCAAUCUCCUGGAUCUUUAUCUCGACCUCGCAGUCUCAGACACAGAUCAGUGUCUCUACAUCCAAGUACACAUUUAACCCAUCCUCUACGGACGGUACUCUGAUUGUACGAUCCACCACCAGCAGUGACACAGGCACAUAUCGUUGCCAGGCAACCAAUACUGUUGGGACCUCAUCAGAUUCAGCUAGUCUUAGUGUUUCUGGCAGCUUGCCCUCUGUGACAAUUCCACAGUCUUCCUAUUCUGUGGUGACAGGAUCAAAUCAACAGAUAACUUGCUUUGUAAAUGCCAAUCCAACUGCCAGCGCCAUUGCGUGGACCUUCCGAUCCUCCACCACCGGAUCCACCAUCCCCAUCACAUUCUCCACUACUGGUUACUCUAUUGUGACACCCUCUACAGCCCAGUCCACACUCACUGUAAUAGCAGCAGACAAUAACGACGAGGGAACAUACACCUGUCAAGCCACAAACCAAGUGGGAAAUUCCACGGCCAGCACAUUUUUGGAUGUUACAGGAAGCUUUCCCACUGCCAACAUUCAACAGACCUCCUACAAUUCAGUCUCGGGGCAGGACGUGACCAUCACCUGCGUUGUAUCGGCCAAUCCUAGUGCUUCCAUCUCGUGGACAUUUAUUGCUACGAGUAAUGCUCAGACACAAAUUACCUCAUCAACCGCAAAGUAUUCAUUGACAAGUUCAUCCACAGGGAGUACACUGUUAAUUAGAACUAGUAAUAGUGGAGAUUCGGGCACAUACCGUUGUACCGCCACCAACAGCAUUGGAUCCGCCUCAGACACUGCCACGCUCUCUGUUUCAGGAAGUUUGCCUUUAGUAAAUAUUCCUAACAAUGCAUACUCUGCCGUAACUGGACAGGAUGCCACCAUUCCCUGUUCAGUCUCCGCCAACCCAUCAGCUACUUCUUUCUCCUGGACUUUUAUCUCCACCUCGAGCUCUCAGACUCCAAUUACUCAGUCUACCAGCAAAUACACUAUGUCAACCACAUCAACAGACCGGACGCUGAUUGUCCGUAACACCACCAGCGCUGAUACUGGAACAUACAGGUGCAGCGCCACCAAUUCCGAAGGAACCGCCUCGGAUCAAGCCACUUUGUCUGUGUCAGGAAGUAUCCCUGUAGUGGACAUUUCUCAGAAUUCAUACACUGCUAUAACAGGAAACAAUUUGGUGAUACCUUGUACUGUGUCUGCCUCUCCCGCUGUGAAUUCUGUGGCAUGGAGGUUCACGUCCAACAGUGGGUCAGUGGUCACCAUUACGGCCUCCUCGUCCAAGUACACUUUGUCAAGCUCCCAGAAUUUUCCACAGCUGACCAUUCUGUCAGUCAGUUCAAGUGAUUCGGGAACCUAUCGAUGUAGUGCAACCAACUCAGUCGGCACAGGAUCUGAUUCUACUGCAGUAUCUGUAACAGGAAGCAGACCAGUUGUCUCUAUUCCGAGUGCCACUUACAAUGUUGUAGUGGGCAAUGAUGUUACACUCCCCUGCACAAUCAGUGCCUCCCCAAGUGUGACAUCCAUUUCGUGGCUCUUCACUUCCAAUUCCAAUAAUCAGAUACAAAUUACUACCUCAAGUGUCAAAUACACGGUGUCCAAUGUUGGUAGCUUUUACAAUCUGACUGUGAAGUCAGCCACCACUUCUGAUGCUGGGGUUUAUGAGUGUCGGGCCACGAAUAUCAUAGACACCAGCACAGAUUCCACUCGUCUCGAUGUGACAGGAAGUAUCCCUACAGUGACAUUGCCAACAACAAGCUAUCAACAGACCUAUGGCCAAAACAUUACAUUUCAGUGUUCAAUAUCUGCCACCCCAGCAGUCUCAUCAGUCACAUGGCAGAGAUAUAUCAACGGGAACUAUCAGAACAUUAACACCCUGUCUUCCACCAAAUACUACGGCAGCAGCACCACAAGCUAUUCUCUGACAGUCACCAAUCUGGUGUUUACAGACGCAGGGGAGUACCGCUGCACUGCAACAAACCAAGUUGGGACAGGAGUCAGUCCAAAUCGGGUCAAUCUGCAGGUUCUAGGAGCCAGACCCUCUGUUUCUUUACAACAAAGCAGUUACUCAGCUGUGAUUGGACAAAAUGUUUCCCUAGCAUGUAUUGUUACCGUGACAACCAAUGACCCUCCUGUACUUAAUGUAUACUGGAAGAAGAUGACCCCCAGUGGUUCUGGCAUCAUUGGUGUGUCAGGAUCUCAAAAAUAUUCAGGCAGCACCAUCGAAUCACCGAAUUUAAUCAUUAGAAACCUUGAUGUUCAUGAUAAUGGCAAUUACAGUUGCUUGGCAACCAAUGCUGCAGGCACUAGUGAAAGUGAUGUUGCUGUUCUAACUGUCACAGGCAGUCAACCCACCCCUAAUAUUCCCCUGGGAUCUUACUCUGUUCUGAUCGGGAAUAACAUCCAGAUCCCAUGUUCUGUGUCAGCGGAUCCAGCCGUUACCUCAGUAGAGUGGACAUUCACAUCCAGCAGCGGUGGUACCACCACCAUAUCACAGAGCACCACCAAGUACACCUUGGCGAGUGCCAUGUCUGCCCCGAAUCUGACCAUCAACUCAGCUGCUCUGACAGAUGCUGGCACUUACACCUGUUUAGCCAGUAACAUAGUGGGGACGGGAUCCGAUUCUGCUACUCUCACAAUCACAGGAAUUAUUCCUAAUGUAACAAUACCAGAAACAUCUUUAUCCGUACAAAAACGCCAAAACUUCACCAUUACAUGUGAAGUUACUGAUGCCUUACCUCAGGAGACAUCUGUUUUAUGGGAAUUUAGCAUCAACCAAGGCGGUUCAGGGACAAUCAUAAGCAUAGCUGCUAAACCAUCAAAAUAUCAAGGUGGUACCGUGGCAGUGCCAUCUCUCACAAUUUUGUCGGUAACAGCUUCUGACCAAGGUUAUUACACGUGCAUUGCGUCCAACUUGUUUGGUGAGGCUCGCAGCGAACAGGCGUUUUUAGAGGCGACUGGCAAUGCUGCGACAGUCUCUGUCAGCCCACCCAGUCAAUCUGUCCUUCAGACCAACACUGCUGUCAUAUCUUGCAAUAUUGCCAAUGCCAACCCAGCUGUACUAGAGGUUACAUGGGAGAAAUUCAGCUCAGGUGCAACCACUUCCAUCACUGUGACUGGACGCUUCAACGGUUCCACUCCAGCAGUCCCAGACCUUACAAUCACCAAUGUGCAACCAAGUGAUGCUGGAACGUACUAUUGUUCAGCACGGAAUGCAAUAGGAACAACUCGCAGUAGCCCAGGCAGUAUUCUGAUGAUAUCUGGAUCUGUGCCAAGCAAUAUUCAGAUAGCAGGAGCAUCAAGCAGAGUUGUUGUCCUUGGAGGAUCCUUGACCUUGCAAUGUUCAGGUCAAGGUGAACCAGCUCCAACUUUCACCUGGAUAUUCAGAAGUAGUAGUUCAGAGGUUACACAGGUUGGAACAGGAAAUACUCUCACGAUUAGUAAUGCUCAGAGGACAAAUGGUGGAACUUAUACCUGUCGAGGAACUAAUACACUGGGGACAUUGGAUAGUCCAGGAGUUGCACUAGAUGUACAGUAUUCGCCUGUUGAUGCCAGGACAGAUUCCCAGAAGUCCCUCUCAGUCAGUGUGGGUUCUACUGUGACCUUGGUGUGUGAAGUAGAUGCCAACCCCUCUGCAAGUUACCAGUGGUACCGCAGCAGUUCUCUGGUGGGCUCUCAGAAGCAGUACUCUUUCAGUGUCACCAGUUCCACACUUCUUGGGCUGUACACUUGUAGGGCCACCAAUAGUCAGGGAUCUCGAAACAUGGAAUUCAUUCUCUCUCAGGCUGCCGGUAGUACGGGAGCUUCCACAGCUAGUUCAGGGCUCUCCACGGGAGAAAUCGCUGCCAUUAUUCUGGCCUUACUUCUUCUGAUCCUCCUUAUCAUCAUCAUCAUCAUCUGCUGUCUUACUCACGGUGUGUGUGGAGCAAUUUGUGGCAAGAAACAAGAUGUCAAAGGGCGUGUGGAACCAGUUAAAGAGAAGGAAGUGUACAAAGAAACCCAGAAAGAGGUCAUCAUACCGCGCUUCCACGAAGAGUCCAUCAAAGGCAAAAGUUACAGGGAACCAGCUAGGCCUGGUUCUUACCGCUCUUAUCCUGCCCGAGCUAACCAGUAUCGACAACCAUCAGCUGUAUCCAGGAAAGAUGUUGACAUACGUGUACAAAAUGGCGGAUACAGAAAGGAGAAUGAUUAUGAGAUUGUGCGUUAUGAAACUGUGCCUCCUGUUGCCACUCACCUGAUGACGGAGUCUCCUCGGCCACACCGCCUGCCAGCUAUAUCCUACACUUAUGAAGAUGUGGAGAAGAAGCGCAAGAAGAGAAGGAAGAAGAAGAAGCACCACCACAGAAGGCACCAUGAUGAGGGAGAGGAAGUGGUUAUAGAGACUGUACGGCCUGCUAGCCCCGUCCGUAUUAUACAGGAACCUGUGGAGGAAGUGGAGGUAGUACGUUCAGCGAGCCCCACUCGUUAUGUAACUGAGGAGGGCAGUGAAAUGGUGGUAGAACGAGUGAUACGAAGUCGCAGUGCGAGCCCUACUCGCAUAAUUCGCACAGAGACUGAGGAACCUACGGUUGUUGAACGGGUGAUUCGAAGCUCAAGUCCAACUCGUGCAUACAGACAAGAAAUUGAAGAACCAGUGGGCUAUUCUCCAGGACAGCGAAGACAUGGUUACUAUGAUGAUGAAAGGAUCAUUGAGACUAGAAGGAGCUCAUCUAGAAGUCCUCGACGACACAGGCAUGAAGACGAUCAGGAAAUGAUAAUUGAAAGGCGGAGUCCAAGCACAAAGAGGAGGUUUGAAGAGAAUUACAUCACAGAAGAGCGUUACUCCAGUGGUGAUGUCAUCCAGGAUGAUGGAGAUCUCCGCGCUUACAACGGUGUAGUGUAUCGUGAGGCCCCCAGUCGCCAUGGCAGUGGGCGGUAUGCUGUUCACAACAGUGAGAGGCGUAGCCGCAGCAGCCGCAGAGACCGCGGGUCUGAUGAUGAAGUAGAAGUGGUUUAUGGGAAGGAAUAUGUGGUAGAACAUUAACUAAGUCUUGUUUAAAUAAACCUUAGGAUUUUUAAAAUAAAUUGAUUUUGUUUAAAAACAUUGUUUUAUUAGGUAGAAUGAAACCAUUUUUUAUUUAUUUUUAUUUGGAUUAACAUGGAUGUUAUUUUAUUGAAGAUAGUUUUUGUACAACAGUUUUAUACAAUAGAAAAAAAGGAUACUUUCCAUUUAUAGAGUGUGAAUAUUAUUUAUCUCUGUUAUCAUAUCAUGUAAAGAAACCAAAGUUACCGGUAAGAGAUGAGUAUUAUUCUUAAUUUUCUGUAACGACUACGACAGUAUGUUUAACAAGCAAGCAAAGUGUUUAGAAGUGCUAUAGAUUAAGUGUGCAUCUUAUACUAAGUGCCUGUAGUGUUGUAUGUAUGCCUGCAAGUCUUACUGUGAUUUUGAGUAACAGGUAUUAUCAAAGGGUAAAUGAAAGUUUUGAAUAAGACAGUUUUGAAAUUAAUAUUCAUAUUUAAGAAAAUGCUCAAGAUAUACAAAAAUUCUUUCAAAAUUCAAGCAAAUUACAUUUGAUUAGAUUUUGGUUUGCUAAGGCAUUUAUAUGUAUGUAAAUUUGAUGUGAAUUUGACUAUAACGAUUAUGUAAUGAUUUUUGUACCAUGUGAUAUUCCAGCAUAAUUCCCUAUGUAGGAUACUCGUGAAGUGGCAUAAUAUGAAACUUUUAUUGUGAUUUUGUAAAUGUACGGUGUUUUAUGUUCUCCAUUUUAGAGUAUUUUACUUUAUUAUUUUCUUAACAUAUACAUGAACUCAAAUUGAAAAUUCCGUCCUCCUGGUUUUGGGAUUUUUACAUUCUGAUAUAUAUUUAGGUUAUUCAGUCUUAAGAUAUUUUUAUGUACUUGUUUCAGUCACAACCAUUUUGACUGUUUUCAUUAGAUACAUGUAGAUAUUUUCACCGACAUAUUUUCACAAUUCUCAAAUCAAAAUUACAUUGUUAAUCUACCUAUUGUGAUAAUAUAAAAAUUAUAAUGAUUUUGUUCCAGCAACAUUAUUUAUUUAUUUAUUAACUUUAUUAUUACAAUUUUUAUGUAUAAUUGAUGCAUAAUUUGUUUUGUUUCAUCUCCCUUUUGUAUAUAUAGAGACAUUAUAAUGACAACUGUGAUAUUUUUGUAUCUAAUUAGCGUAAUUUGGGAGGUGCUACUAUAUGUAUUAAUCUGUGAUUGGUCAAUUAUUUCAGUUACUUAACAAUGAUUGGUUUACAACAACUGAAUUUCAUGAAAUCUGCAAAUGAUUUGGGUUUUCAAAAUUUCUGAAUGGGAUGAUAUGUAAUGUAAAGCAUCUUGAAAUUAUUGAAAUGAUGAUUUUAUUUUUAUUUUUUUUUUAUGGUUUAUCAAAUUUCUAAUUUACAUGAAUAUGCAAAUCAGAAAUUCAAUAUCUCCAUAUUUUUUUUUUUUUUUUUUAUACAUGUAAUUAGAAAACCUAAUAGAAAUAAAAGAUAUGGUAGAAGUA